UGUUUCCUAUAUAAUCUACCAACGCAUCCGGGAACACACCCGAAAACACAGGACUAUCUUUCUCUCUCUCUCUCUCUCUCUCUCUCAAACACAAAGACUCUCUCUCACACACAUAAGAACACACUCAGACGGUUAGCCAUGGUGAUCAAGCUAGAGAAAACCCUAUCAAGCGCCAUGAAUGCAAGAAUCAUAGGUUCAGGAAAAGAAACUCUGGUUCUAGCUCAUGGCUAUGGCGGAGACCAGUCUGUUUGGGACAAGGUUCUUCCUGGACUGACUCAGACUUACCAAGUUGUUGUUUUCGACUGGAGUUUCUCCGGCGCCAUUAAAGAUCCAAACACCCUCUUUGAUCCUGCCAAAUACUGCUGUUAUGACGCUUUUUCUGAUGACCUGACCGCCCUUCUUGAAGAGUUGAACUUAGAUUCGACGGUGUUUGUCGGACACUCCAUGUCUGGCAUGAUCGGAUGCAUUGCUUCCAUAAAAAAGCCUCAUCUCUUCAAAAGGCUCAUCCUUAUUGGAUCGUCUCCAAGGUAUGUAAAUUCAGAAAGCUAUGAAGGUGGAUUUGAUAUCAAAGACAUUGAACAACUAUUCUCAAGUAUAGAGUCAAACUACGAUGGAUGGGCAUCCAUCUUUCCUUCACUUGUUAUCGAUAAGAAUGACUCUGAAUCUGUUAGCAGUUUUGAACAAUGUUUGAAAAGAAUGAAACCUGAUAUUGGUCUUACCACAGCUAAAACUGUAUUCUUAUCGGACCAUUGUGACAUUCUUGAAAAGGUUGUAAUCCCAUGCACCAUAGUCCAAACAACAAACGACAUUGUUGUUCCAUUAUCAGUUGUUGAGUACAUGAAGAAGAUGAUCAUGGGAGAAUCAACUGUUGAGAUGAUUGAUACGGUGGGACAUUUUCCUCAACUCACUGCCCCUCUUAAGCUUCUUGAAAUCAUUGAUAGAAUGAUGAAUGUUUGCUUAACUUAACCUUUGAUAGUUUGACGAAAAUUUGGAUCCAGGAUAAGGGUAUUUUAGUACUUUUACUUUUUCUUCUAGGGGUAUUAUUAUUUUGUUUCUAGUUUUGGGCAUUACCCGUUUGAAAAUACUAGUAUGCAAUGAAUGUAUGUUGGUGGUUGGUUUGUGAGUAGAUAUGUUAAGAUGUUCUUGUGGCUAUGCCACUGUUUGAAUUGAAUUUGUUGACUUUUGUCAGUCUACGAAUACAAUUUUUUGUAAAAUUAAUUAUAUGAUAAACGUGUUGUAGCUACUGUUUGAA